GCUCGCUGCGUUCACUGACUGACUGCGUCGACCGAGCUCUGCCCCUGCUCCUGCUCCUGCUCCCGCUCCUCGAAGCGAAGCAGUCCAGGCACAAUCUCGAAUCCAAAUCUUUGUGCACUACAUUUGUAGGCGUAGCGUUUCAUCGACUGAUCUGCCGAGCCACAGCUAUGACGACCCUGGUCGAGACUUCUGAUGAGGAGCCGACGAUGGCCGUAGCCCGAACCAUCGCCGAGCUUGCUUGGUCUCAAGGCGGCGCCGAUAUAGCGGAACCAGCGGUCGCACAGUACGUUUCGGAAGCGGAGGCGCUAUUGGUGUCAGGACGAUUUUCGGACCUGGCCUCUCUUUUGCUCACCUCAGCCGAUGUGGUUCUUGCAAACGCACCCGAGAAAGAUUUGGAAUGCAUUUUCACCGUCAUCUGUAAUUUGGUGAAUAAGGCUCAAAGUCCAGAUGAGGCCCUGGAAAUGGCUGAUCAAAUAGGGAAUAAGCUGAUCGUUCAGCCUAUUGACAAGCCAGCCCUUCGCUUAAAAAUCCUUUUUCACCUGUACAACAUGCUGGCAACCCCUUAUGGUCGAUUUGUGAUCUUCAAGAGGGCACUUAAAUUGGCCAUUCUAGGGAAGGUCACCGAGCUAAUUGUCCCUUCGUUGAAGCGAUUGGAUACGUUUAUCAAGGAAUGGAACAUUGGCAACAGCGAGAAGCGCGAGCUUUACCUUACUGCCACAAAUGUUUUGAAGGAAACUAAAGGUUCAGGAAAAGAGUCUUUUGUGUUCCUGGUUAAGUACCUUGCGAGCUUUGCUGGUGAGGACGCUGCGACAGCAAGCGAGGCCAAAGAAGAUGCUGUUAGGGCCAUAAUUGAAUUUGUGAAGGCACCUGACAUGUUCCAGUGUGAUUUGCUGGAAAUGCUUCCCGUUCGACAACUGGAGAGGGAUGCCAAAUAUGCUCCCGUCUAUCGGCUACUUGAAAUAUUCCUUACAUCACAACUAGACGCCUAUCUUGAAUUUCAGAACUCGAACUCUGCCACUAUCAAGACCUACGGGCUUGUACACGAGGAGGCCAUGACCAAGAUGCGUUUAAUGUCACUGGCUGGCCUGGCAUCGAAGGGUUCGGGAGAGAUACCGUACUCAGUUGUAAGAGAGACUCUAAAGGUUGCAGACGAUGAGGUGGAGUACUGGAUCGUAAGGGCCAUUGGCUCCAAGCUAGUCGAGGCGAAAAUGGAUCAGAUGCGACAAGUGGUCGUCAUCAGCCGUUGUACAGAGCGCGUGUUUGGGGCUCCUCAAUGGAGAGAGCUGCGCAACAAACUGGCCGGUUGGAAGGAGAAUAUCAGCAGCGUCGAACGUAUAUUGGAGAGUGCGAAACAAAGUGGUGUACCUCAAGGAUUGCAAGCAGCAGUGGCGGCCCAUUAGUGUCAACCGCCAUUAAGAGUUAGUUCUAGCAAAGAGGUGGGGUCACCAAAUUGAAAUUUUGUAAGGCUAAUAGUCGUCCACUCGAGUGGACUUGAUCGAUUUUGCAGCUUGUCUUCACAUAGCCGAAGGUGAAUGGCUGAGAUUUAUGCAUGGGUUAUGGGUUCCAUUGAUGACUGGUUUUCGUUUCAAAUCUGUGGCUGUAGAGUGUCCAGCCCGAAAAAGUCUUUGUGUGAGCUAUUCCAAUGCCUCUGGGAUGCUUGUCUUAACGAAACGCUCACUGAUAGUUUGAAGUUAAACGAAAGCAAUCUUAUUCUUCACUGGAUGAAAUAAUGUCUGUGC